UGUAUGACUAAGGAAGGCAGAACCAACUGAAGAUUGUUUUCGGGCGUUUAAGAGCGAUUUGACAAAAUUCGAAGCGACAUUUCUUUCCUUUCUCCCCCUCAGAAACGCUCUUUCUUGGACUCGACCGAUUACCGCAAUAAGGUGGUGGGCUUGCCCCGAGUUUGAAUUAACACGCUCGACUCCUACCCGAAAGUCAUUUCGAGAGACGUGAGGCUCGUUUAACCGCAGCUGGACUCAGUUCUCUGUUUCACUGAAACGAGAGGAUGUACCGAAACUUUGGGAGUGAAGGAAGAGGAAACCCGCCUUUCACCGGCGCCGCAUCUGGGUCAAAUUCUGCGUCCCUGGGAAGCGGCAGCACUCCGGGCACCCAGCAGGAGCAGAAAUUCACAAUGGCAGGCAGCAGCCAGUUUGUUCCCAGCCUAAAUGCCAUCACAACCAACCAAGACCUUCAGUGGCUGGUGCAGCCCUCCCUCAUGCAUCCACCGGGCCCCUCACGGUCACCAGUGCCUCCCUACCCAACCCUGGCUGGGGCUCGGGCUCUGGGUCCACCGCCUGCCCACUCCCAGAGCCAUCUUCUCAGACCAGGAGUUAUAAGGGCAGCUGCAAAUAAUUCAACAAGGCGCAGGAACGAUGACCACCUAUCUCACGAAGAAUUGGAAAGACGCAGAAUAAGAAGGGAGCGGAAUAAACUGGCAGCAGCAAAAUGUCGCAAUCGUCGCCGGGAGCUGACAGACUCACUGCAGAAUGAGACUGAUGACCUGGAAGAUGAAAAGUCACGUUUACAGAAAGAAAUAGCUGAGUUACAAAAGGAGAAGGAGAAGCUUGAGUUAGUCCUGGAAGCUCACCGUCCCAUUUGUAAAAUAGAGGACUCUGAUUCCGAUUCUGAUGAAAAACCCUCAAUAUCCUCUUUGGGAGCCAUUAAGCUGGAACCAGAAGCCCGCAGCAGACCCGGACCCUCGUCCAAACUGCCAGCAAAGAUGGAGAAGCCCAAACCGAAGAUAACCAUCCCCGCCAAGCCUUCGACAUCGACCGUCUCUGCUCUUGUCACUGAAUCCGAGUCCCUCCACACUCCAGUCCUCACAUCCACCCCGUCUCUGCUGUCUUUCACAGCUGGGAUGGUGUUCACUUAUCCUUCCGCCCCGUUAGACACCAGCGCCUCCACAUCCCACACUGCGUCCCAUCCGGGAAGCGUCCACCAGCCUCAGCCCUGCGGGAUCGCUCACCGCCGCAGCAGCAGCAGCGGUGACCAAUCAGAUCACUCCCUGCACUCGCCAACCAUCCUCACCCUGUGAUUGACGGGCCUGUCGCCCUCCAAACACUAAUGCUAAUUUCAGUACAGAUGUAGUGUAAGAGAAAAGAUCUCAGCAUGAUGGAAAUCAUGAUUGCAAUAACCAUUUCAAAACGAGCGCCUGCUGUACUACGUCUUUUUAGAGAGUUGAUUGUUUUCAUAGAUAACAUGCAAAUUAGGAGCAUUGUCAGGAAAUGAAUGUUACACUCUUCUAUUUUUUUAUAUAGAGUCUUUAUAUUUCUCACAUUGAAAGCUAAGAGAUGGAGUGAAUUUGAGUUUCUUUACGAAAGCAUUGCAUGCUGAAGAUAUUCUCUAAAAAAUAUAUACGUGCUUUAUAGAAUUUACUGUGAUAACUGUCUAAUCAAUGAAAAACUCAUGUUACCUUUAAUAACUUGUUACACUAUUAUAUUUUAUGAAAGGCCUCAUAAAGUAACAUUUGAGCACUUACAACCAAAUGGUCCCUAUUUUUGUAUGACCUUCUAUGAAAUUAGAAAUUUAUGAAUAAGAACAUUAUUGACCACUAAGGCUGGGCCAUAGGAGUUGAUAUGGAUUAUAAAAUCACAUAUUUAUUUUUGAGAGUGUAAUAUAUACUGGUUUGGUAAUGUUUGUAUUUUCUCUAAAGAAUGAACUGAUCGGGUGGGCAGUGCCUUACUUUUGUCAUGUGUCUGAACUGAACUACACUUCUACAA